GCUGUCUUCCUAAGAAUUAUGAACUAUGUUGAUUUUAAAAGGAUUAGUACUUGUAUUCUGUUGGUCAUGGGCAUGGCAGUGCAACAUUGAAUACUGCUGUCUCCUUCUCAGGAAUGCUUCGUCCUUGACUGAAUUCAGUGCCGUCAAGGAAUUAGACCAGUGCACAGAACUGACACUUUGCCAGAUCAGUGAGAUGAAUCUCAGCCCUGGUCACCCCUACCCUCAGGUGUUCCUUGUGGACAGAGAUCGGCCACGGCCGCCCCUGAUGGACCCGAGCCUUGUGCCCUGCUGGUCUUUCCCACCAGCAGUGGCGAAGAGAAAGAAGAGAGGCUGUGAAGAAGCCUGUGCAGUCACUGUGCUGGUACUCAUCCUUUUGCUGGUCCUGGGAGCACUGGGGCUUGGAGCUUUCCGGAUACAGAGGCUGCAGACUGAACUGGAGCAACUGAGACAGGAUAUGACUGCGCAACCUGACAUCCCCGUAGUGCAAAGGCAAAUUGGUCAUCAAGAGACUGACAUGGAGAAGAAAGAGACCAGAUUGGCAGCACAUCUCACAGUUCAGAUUGAGAAGGACAAGAUCAACAGGCCUCUGCGUUGGGAACCAAGGCAUGGCCGCGCCUUCACUAACGGGCUGGCCUACCGGGAUGGAGGGAUUCAAAUUAAUAAGACUGGCUUGUACUUUGUGUACUCACGGGUGGAAUUCCAGGGCAAGGACUGCUCCCCUAAAGACUCACUCUCCCACGUUGUCUUCAAGAGAGCAGAGGGAACCAGGCCUCUGGUCCUCCUGGAAGGACACCGUGAGGGCUUCUGCAACCCCAUCCCGAAAGAAGGCAUGUGGUCUUCAAGCAGUUAUUUGGGUGCUGUGUUCCAUCUCACGCGCCUGGAUUGGGUUUUUGUCAAUGUGUCCAAUCCCACCCUGCUCAGCCACAGUUUUAAUGGUAAUUACUUUGGACUCUCCAUAUUGUGAAGAACCGGCAUUCAAAACGAUCCAUUGUAUGAGCUCCUGUCAGAUAUAUUAAUUUAUUCUGUCAGUUAUUCAUUCAACUAUUGUUUGUUAAAAUGUUACUUGCUUAGAGCAACUAUGCCGUAUUUUCUCAGUAAUGAUUUAUUGACAAUGUAUGGUAAAGUGGGAGUAAAAUGUUUAAUUUUGAAUUCAUUUAUAGGAUUUGACUCUUACUGUUAAUAUUUGGACCUCAACACUAAUGUACUGCUGAGAUGCAUGAAAUACAGCCCACAUAUUUAUUAUUUAGUAAUGAUUUAAUCCUGGUGACGCCAGCUUUAGAUAUGAUUGUACAGUUUGUUCUUCUGAACAAAAAAAAAUAUAUGUAUCCAUAUUUUCAUAACAAAGGGUGAUAUUUUGAUGUUUGAUGUUUGAAUGUUCUAAUUUAUACUAUUCUCAUUCAAUUAAAAGAAAACUAAAAACAUUUUUUUUAA